GGAGAAGCCUUGGGAGUUCGAGGUCAAAAAAAGAAGGAAAAGCAUAAAAGGGGACGACGGAAGAUAACGACACUAGCGGCCAUGACCUUUGGUGGUGCAUCCCCAAACAGAGACGAAUACGAGACGGCCUAGGGUCCAUCUCUCUCGGUCUCUCUCAGUCAGCAGGGCCAGUCCAACCCUUUCAGCGUCCCGUCGGUCUCUUGCCUUCAAAGAGGAGGCGCAAAGUCAACUCGAAGCUGUUUGUUGGUCAUGGAAAGCACUGAUCAUACGAUUUCGCGCAUGGAACAACGCCAUAGAUGAUGGGGAAGCCAUCGCAGCAGUGAGUCCGCCCGUGAACGAAGCCUUGCCUUGCCCGUUUCACUGCACCUCUCUUCUUUUUUUUAUCAAACUGACACAUCGAGUGAUAUGCAAUGCAGCUUGCUUCCAGCAUUUCCUGCAACCGACGCUGAGCCUUCGGACGACGCUCUCGACGCUGUUAAUGCUGGUGGUGUUAAGAAGCUGAAGAAGACGCCGGCAAAGCGUCGAGCGCUCAGCUGCCUGCCGUGUCGUAGGCACAAACUGAAGUGCAACCGCCAUGUCCCCUGCCACUCGUGUAUCCGCUACCGGAGAGAAGAGCAAUGUCGUCUCAAUCCGCCGCCGUCCUCUGUCAUGAGAGGCGGUGUCCCUCUACAUUCACAAAGCCAUAUUCCGCCAGACCAUACAUCCGUAACCGCGCAUGCGCCCGUACCUGCAUCGCUCCCUUUCCAACCGCUCCCUCCCCAAGUAACAGCCGCUGCACCCUUGCAAAGCAAACCACAACCACCAUACGUGCUUAACUCCCGCGAAACAGAUCGCACAGAAACCAUCUUAUCGAGAAGCGCCCGGAAUGUUUUAUUGGAGACUCCGCUGGCUCAAAGCUUAGCCAGCUUGCCGCAAAAUAUAUUUGGAGUUUCAACGCUCCCUCCGUUUAUACCACUCCUGCUGGCCGAACAAUCUCAGCGGCCUGUGGAUGAAAAUGAAGUCACCAACUUUUGGCGCGCACAGCUGGUCUCUAUGCUUCCGUUGCGGCACCAAUGCGACCUGAUGGUCAAUUACUAUAUCCACGAGCUAAACUAUGUAUAUCACUCUGUACACGCCCCAUCAUUUCGGGAAGACUACGCUGCAUUUUGGAAUAAGGAAGUCAAAGACAUCGAUAUAAUCUGGCUAUCUUUCCUAUAUGCUAUCCUUUCCGCCAGUGCGGUGUUCAUUCCGUUCCCUGAUGUAAAAGCUGUCGGGCUGGACCCCGAUACCAUACGCAAAAAGGCUCAUCUGUGGCAUUGGGCCUCUAGACAGGCACUAAGUGCCGGCCACUAUGAAUCGCGGCCUUGUUUAACACAACUAGAAACAUUCCUCGUGACACAAUUAUACUGGCUUUCUACCAAGAAUAUCGAGGUUAUGAAUUCGUACGUUGUUAACAACAUCGCUGAUCCAUGUUCCAUUCACUAAUACCGUAUUACUACUAUAGAGCACUCGGCCAGGCAGUCCGGAACGGACAAGCGUUGAACUUGGAUAGGGAUGUUUCAGGGUUUAGCCCUCUCGAAACAGAAAAGCGACGGCGUAUCUGGUGGGAGCUGUUUUGCUGCGAUACGUAUGUGAAUUCCUACAUAUUAUCUGAUGCUUUGAAUGAGAACUAACAGCAACAGUUUCCAAUCAAUAUGCAUGAGUCGAACACCGCUGAUUCAUUGUCCCGCCCCGAAAAUCCCGUUACCCGCAAACUGCAAUGAUGAAGACAUCACCGACUCCUUUACCGAGGGCCGACCAAUUGACGAGCCAACAGAAACUAGCGCUAGCAUUCUCCGAGCGGAAGUAUUUCUGAUCAUGCGCAAGCUCUUCGACAGUGGUUUUGAAUACCUUUCUUCCUACGAGUAUGUGCGAUCAGUGGAUAUGGAACUAGCGAAUCUCACCCGCAACUUUCCGUGGUACUUUCAGCUAGACGAGAAUGGAGAAUGUGCAAACCUCCCUGAGCACCAAGACUACAUAUUGUGGCAAUUUCACUUGCUCCAUAGUUGCAUUUGCAUGCAGCGCAUACGCAUGAACCGUCCCUUCAUCCACACGCGCAUAGGUGACUCGUGGGCCGUCUGUGCCAAAGCUGCUAAUGAAGUUCUUGCCGUGUACCAAAGCAUGCGUAACCCGGAUGUGGAGGAGUUUCGCAAGUCACAUAAGCUAUUCGUGCAGUCAUACCAAAUAUUCUCCGCUGCUGUGGCACUGGCAGGCUUUUUGCUUGUUGAACGUUCUUUUCCGGCAGAUAACAUCCGUCCUCUCAUUGAAAUGGUGAUAUCGGAUUUGGAACUAUGCACAGCCGACGCUACGAUUGCUGUAAACGGCAGAAAUACCCUGAUCAAAAUGUUGGAUAUGUAUGAUCGUCGCCAGCAGAGGGAACCUGUUGAACCAGAGUCUCUGGUACCAGAAAUAUCGGUUGUCUUUGGCGGCGAGCAAACCACGCGGAAAUACCUGAAACGUUGCGAAAUCGGCUACGUUCUCAAUGAAGAUGGACACGCUACCCCUAGCUCAGCUAAUCCUAGGGCCAGUGUAACCACCCCCAGCGCAAACACGUACGGCACCAACACUCCUACAUCCUACACCUUCAAUCAAACAAACCAAGGCAACCAACCAACAGUAGAAUUAAAUGAUGUGCCUCAAGCACCUCAAUAUGCAGCUCCCAACCCAUCAUUCUCCGACUUUGAUCCAUCCCGGGUCCAACCAAAAGCUUAUAUUCCACAUCCUACGACAACCAAUUCAAGCCUGGCAAGCACCCACACUGCGCAGACUCUCGCGAACCCUGAUAUUAGCCAAACUCUACCGACCACCAGUAUCAACCCUAACGGAGAUCUGGAACUACUUAAUUGCUUCUAUAGCAACCCAAUCCCUCUCAACAUGAGCUUUGAUGGACCUUGGGACUUCUUACUUACAGAUUUACCAUACCAAACCUGAGAAUUUGGUGUGUAUUUUUUAUUCUUCAUCUGGCUGUCAGUUCGCUUUACUAUACCCUUAUAUAUCUCGAUAUUCCCCCUUCAUUUGUAUCCAGGACUAGGAUCACGGGAGGCGCUUGAGUGUGCAUAUUUUGUCUUCUUCCAUUCCAUACAUUUUUGGAACAUGGUUAUAUAUAUAUUUGGUGUCACACUGCCUUUAUUUCUUUGGUUGAUUGUUUCUUUUUGUAUAAAAAUACAUAUAAAGUGGU